AUGAAAAUGCAGACAAAAUUUGUCGUUCCCGUGGAAACUCACCAGCAAGUUCAUCGCUGGGUUUCUUUUGAAGUUCAUCAAAUUCUUGAGGAUAAUUUUCCAGCCAGUUCCAGAUGGCCUUUGGAUCAAACGAAAGCAUACAAAUUUCCCGUGAUUACUUUGCUUCUGUAUAACUGGUACAUAUCGAGAAAUGUAGUGAUAAAACCGCCAAUGAUUUACAUCGGCGAACAUUGGGAUUAUCCGCUUAAUCCAGAUGUCAACUGUUCACAACGAGUGCCUAACUGUCAUGCUACUCGAAGGAAGCACGAGGGCUGGGAUACUGCCAGGUUGCCCAAGCCUAGACAGGGGAAGUCGAGAGGCAGAGGUCGGGGUCGAACCACGGACCUUCCGAGUUUCAUAAACCGACGCCACCUGUUACGCGUGCCAGCAUUUGAUGCUGGAGGCGUUCCAAUUGUGAAACCCAUGUACUCGUGUGCAAGGUUCACGACUGAAAAACCGAGCAGAACAGGUGUCAGGGCGCGCCCAGACAGAAGAAAAAGUACAUGUGCAGAGAGUGACACAUCCCUAAGGUACGACGCGUCCGGAAAGUAG